AUGUUGGAAAAAAGUGGGUCACUUCCAAUAAAAUCAAAAGCAUUAGAAAACAACACAGAUCAGUUGAUUUGGCAAACUGUUUGGUAUUCCUUAUCUCAUAAUGAAAACCAAAAACCAACCUUUUCUCCAUACAUUGGUGGUGCACGAAAAAUUAAAGCCAAAUCCAUAUUCAUGACACCUAAUCUAAAUAUCUCCAAAUGUAAGAAUGGUUAUAAGGUUGACAUGAACGGAAAGUGUGUUGAAAUUGUUAGCAUAAAUCAAGAGGAAAUUCUUGUAAACAGAUUACAAAAUCUAUACCCGUUUCAUACUGAAGAUAUAAGUAAUGAUUACGAAAAUUCAUUAGAAAAUGAAGACAUAAUAACGCAACAUGAAUCCCCUAUUAUGGUAGAAAAUUUCAACAAGACUCAAGUAGAUGAAAUAUUGUUAUCAUUGGCUGAUAACAUCAGUUUAGCUGAAGAUAAAAUGCAGAAAGAAAGUUUUAUUUAUAAAGAAACUUAUAAUAUGGACAGUACAUUGCAAAAUGAUGAUUCUAUUAUAAUCAAAACGAAUCAACCUGUUUUUACUGAGAAUAACUUUGCUAUUUUUGACACUACUUCACUUUAUUUAAAUGAAGGAGAUACAGAAGGAAUUAAGACAUCAAGUAAUUUUCUGGAUUUAUAUGAUAUUUCUAAUAUCAAAGAAGAAAUAAAAUAUGCAAAGAUUGAAAACAGAUUGACAACUACUUCAUCUGAUACAAAAGGAGAAGAAACAACUACAAUCAAUAUGGAAACUACUGAAUCAGCUAAUAUUAAUUCGAUUUUAGUUAAUGAUUCACUUAUAGUUUUUGAACAUAAUUUCAUAGAAAAUAAUACCGAUUUGGAUUACGACAUCACUACAAUCAGUAAUUUGGAAAUAUUAUCCACUUCAAAUGAAAACGAAAUGAUUUUUAAAGAGUCGAACGUUUCAUCUGUGGAAUUCAAAACUAAUUUUUUGUUUAUUCCGGAUGAGGAAAAUUUGGAAACUUCAGAAGAUCAUUCAGAUAGUUUUGAUCAAUUUGAAAUUCAUAAAUACAAUGAUGAAACUGCAAAUGACAAAUCGAAUGAUGAUAGUUUUAAUGAAUUUCGUUUGUUUGAAACUACAACUAUUUUUCCUUCAAAAAUUAUCAAAUCUUCAGAAAAUAUUAAAAACAAUAAUUUACGAUUUAGUUCUUUCGAAAAAUUUAAGAACCGUUUAGUAAAUAUACGAGUGCCGACUUGGCCAAAGUUUAAUAGAUUUCGAUCUGCAGAUUUGAUACAGUAUUGGAAAGCUCAGCCAUUAAUAAAUGAUUGUAAAUAUAGUUCGAAAGAAGUUACUAUUGACAAAUAA